GGAUUUCCGGUGUCUCCAGCCAAUGAGCUGAUUCCACAUGCGGGACACCGAACGCCGCAUUCGACGCACGCGAGAGCUGCAGCGGACAAACGCGAUUGGUGCCGAGGACGCCAGUGAUUCCGCAACACACACACACACACACACACACACACACACACACAGAGAGAGGCAGGCAGAGCGGGCGAAAGGGAACCGAGCUGCAACUUAUUAGCCACAUGUCUAACAUCGUCCGUUUUUUUUGGACUGAUCUAAUCUGGAUUUCGCCGUUCUGAAAACAAGAGAGGGGAGGCCUUUACAACAACAACAUCCAGUUCAGACUGCGACCGUGUGAUAUGAAUUGUUCGUCCAAGGUCUCGCAGGAAAAAGCUAAAGCGGAGCCGGCGAAUUCAAGCGGAGCCACAGCUAGCCGUGUAGCCUGUUAGCCAGCCGUUAGCUUCUCGUUCACUUUCGCCAGGCACCUGUGUCAUAGCUAAUUAACCACUAGCAGUCAGCACCGCGGGCUCCCACUCUCACUAUUUAUUAUUUUUAUAUAUAUAUAUUUCAAGUGGCCGGGGUUUCAGAGAGGGACGUGACAAGGGGGGGGUUUGAAGAGAAGAAAAGGCAAGCGGUGUGUCCUCAAAGUGGCCGUUUUUUUUUUUCAACCAUGGACAACGCACACACGAAGACGGUUGAAGAAGUUUACAGCUUUUUUAACGUCAAUGAAAGCACGGGGCUGAGUUUAGAGCAAGUGAAGAAACAACGGGAACGAUAUGGACCAAACGAGCUGCCAGCUGAGGAGGGUAAAUCCCUUUGGGAACUAGUGGUCGAACAGUUUGAAGAUUUGCUCGUGAGGAUCCUUUUACUUGCCGCCUGCAUAUCCUUUGCACUGGCCUGGUUUGAAGAAGGAGAAGAAACCGUUACAGCCUUCGUGGAGCCUUUUGUUAUCCUACUUAUUCUCAUAGCAAACGCUAUUGUAGGAGUCUGGCAGGAGCGAAAUGCAGAAAACGCCAUUGAAGCACUAAAGGAGUAUGAGCCAGAGAUGGGGAAGGUGUACCGCCAGGACAGGAAGAGUGUCCAGAGAAUCAAGGCCAGAGACAUUGUGCCUGGGGACAUCGUGGAAGUGGCAGUUGGCGAUAAAGUGCCUGCAGACAUCAGGCUGACGUCUAUCAAGUCGACCACUCUGAGGGUAGACCAGUCGAUUCUUACAGGAGAGUCUGUGUCUGUGAUCAAACACACUGACCCAGUGCCCGACCCGCGCGCUGUCAACCAGGACAAGAAGAACAUGCUCUUCUCUGGCACAAACAUUGCAGCUGGUAAGGCUGUCGGCGUGGUGGUCGCCACAGGCGGCAACACGGAGAUCGGCAAAAUCCGAGAUGAGAUGGCAUCAACGGAGCAGGAGCGCACACCGCUGCAGCAGAAGCUGGACGAGUUCGGACAGCAACUAUCCAAGGUUAUUUCACUGAUCUGUAUUGCUGUGUGGAUCAUCAAUAUUGGUCAUUUCAAUGACCCUGUCCAUGGUGGGUCCUGGAUCCGAGGCGCUGUUUACUACUUCAAGAUUGCUGUGGCUUUGGCAGUUGCUGCUAUCCCUGAGGGUCUGCCAGCUGUCAUCACUACUUGCCUGGCAUUAGGCACACGCCGAAUGGCCAAGAAGAAUGCCAUUGUCCGCAGCUUGCCCUCUGUGGAGACGCUUGGCUGUACGUCUGUCAUCUGCUCCGACAAGACCGGCACGCUGACCACCAAUCAGAUGUCUGUGUGCAGGAUGUUCAUCCUCGAUCGGGCAGAGAGCGACAGCUGUUCAUUAAAGGAAUUCACUGUGACUGGCUCCACGUACGCCCCAGAUGGAGAAGUGUUCCAAGAUGGCAAACCCGUCAAAUGUUCCCAGUAUGAUGCUUUGGUGGAGCUGGCCUCUAUCUGCGCUCUCUGUAACGAUUCCUCGUUGGACUACAAUGAGACCAAAGGUGUGUAUGAGAAGGUGGGUGAGGCCACAGAGACAGCCCUCACAUGUUUGGUGGAGAAGAUGAACGUGUUUGAUACGGACGUGAAAGGCCUGUCCAAGAUCGAGAGAGCCAACGCCUGUAAUUCCGUGAUCAAGCAGCUGAUGAAGAAAGAGUUUACCUUGGAAUUUUCCAGAGACAGGAAGUCCAUGUCUGUGUACUGCACUGCUAAUAAGGCCCGUUCCACUGUUGGCAAGAUGUUUGUAAAGGGUGCCCCUGAAGGAGUGAUCGACAGGUGCACGCACGUCCGUGUAGGCAGCAACAAGGUGCCUUUGACCCCUGGCAUCAAGGAAAAACUGAUGUCUGUGAUCAGGGAAUACGGAACCGGCAGAGACACGCUGCGCUGUCUGGCUCUGGCCACCCGAGACAGCCUCAUGAGCAAAGACGACCUGGCGUUGGAGGACUCCACCCGCUUUGUUGAAUACGAGACUGAUCUGACAUUUGUUGGCUGUGUGGGCAUGCUGGAUCCUCCCAGGGCAGAGGUGGCAGCCUCGAUUAGACUCUGCCGUCUUGCAGGCAUCAGGGUUAUAAUGAUCACCGGAGACAACAAGGGGACGGCAGUGGCCAUCUGCAGACGUAUUGGUAUUUUUGGAGAGGACGACGAUGUUUCCAGCAUGGCGUUCACCGGUCGAGAGUUUGAUGAUCUGUCACCUGCUGCGCAGAGAGACGCCGUGGUCAAGGCCCGCUGCUUUGCCCGUGUCGAGCCUUCACACAAAUCAAAGAUUGUCGAGUUUCUGCAGUCCUAUGAUGAGAUCACAGCUAUGACUGGUGAUGGAGUAAAUGACGCUCCUGCUCUCAAGAAGGCUGAAAUCGGUAUUGCCAUGGGCUCAGGCACAGCCGUGGCCAAGACCGCCUCUGAGAUGGUUCUGGCCGACGACAACUUUUCCACCAUCGUAGCUGCAGUCGAGGAAGGCAGAGCCAUUUACAACAACAUGAAGCAGUUCAUCAGAUACCUCAUCUCUUCAAACGUGGGCGAAGUUGUCUGCAUCUUCCUGACUGCAGCUCUCGGGUUCCCUGAAGCCCUUAUCCCUGUCCAGCUGCUCUGGGUCAACCUGGUGACUGACGGCUUGCCCGCCACUGCUCUGGGCUUCAACCCACCGGACUUGGACAUCAUGAGCAAGCCACCACGCAACGCCCGCGAGCCCCUCAUCUCUGGAUGGCUCUUCUUCAGAUACCUAGCUAUUGGAUGUUAUGUGGGUGCUGCCACCGUCGGUGCUGCCGCCUGGUGGUUCGUUGCUGCUGAGGACGGUCCAAGAAUCACCUUUUACCAACUGAGCCACUUCCUGCAGUGUGGUCCAGAGAAUCCAGACUACCAAGGUCUGGACUGUAAGGUGUUUGAGUCCCCUUACCCUAUGACUAUGGCCUUGUCUGUGCUGGUCACCAUUGAGAUGUGCAAUGCCCUUAACAGUGUGUCAGAGAACCAGUCCCUGCUGAGGAUGCCUCCCUGGGAGAACGUGUGGCUGCUGGGAGCCAUCUGCCUCUCCAUGUCCCUUCACUUCCUCAUCCUCUACGUGGAGCCUCUUCCAAUCAUCUUCCAGAUCACCCCACUGAACCUGACACAAUGGCUGAUGGUGCUCAAGAUCUCGCUGCCUGUGAUCCUACUGGACGAGUUUCUCAAGUUUGCCGCCAGGAACUACCUGGAGCCGGGUAAAGAACUGGAGAAGCCUGCCAGCUCCAAAGGCUGCUGCCUGUCUGCAUGCAUGGAGGGCAUCUCCUGGCCCUUUGUGGCCGUUUCCCUCCCCUUGGUCCUCUGGAUCUACAGCUCCGACACUAACAUGGCCGACAUGUUCUGGUCCUGACUGACUUGAGCACAACUUCGACUUUCCCCCCUCCCCCCAUUUCCCUCCCCCUUCCCAUUCAUCACCAUCACUUCCCUCUUUCCCUCUCUCCCUCCUUCCUCUCUGCCUUCCUACAUGUGCAUAGUUAGCGCGCGCGUGUGUUUGUAGAGUUAGUGUGUGUUACUUGUGCGUGCCUACCGUGUGUAUGAGAAGGACCAACUUUAACACAUGAAAUGUAACAAAUAAUAUAAAGAUGUUAACUUUGAGGAGUCACCUGGUUUGAGUUGGGCUAGGAUUUAAGGAACGGGUGAGGCUUUAAAAGGCGAGUGUUAGAAGACCAUCACUCCCUUAGCUGUGGACUUUGUUGCUGGUUUGAAAGAAAAAAAUUUGCCAUUUUUUUUCUUAAUGUUAAUAUUGCCUUUAAGGUUUAUAUUUUUAAUGAUUUUUGGGAAUAUUUUUUGUCUCAUGUCAACACAGCAAAUUGUUUUUGUUAACAUUCCCUCUUCAAGAAAAGAAAAUCCAGAGAAACAGAAAUCCAUUCAUCUGUACAGAGAUUGACUUUUAUGCAACUUUUUUUUUUUUAAAUGGCUUUGUAAAUCUUUUUGACCAGCGUGGCUUAGACAUACCGCCUUGAUUUAUUUUCCAAUGUUUACCAUUGUGUCUUCAGUUUAAACUCAGAACUCUUUCAGAGAGGACAAGCUCCGUGUGGCAGACGAGGACGGGGAAAGGUUUGGGAGUGACAUUUUGAAUGCUCCGCUUGAACAAAAGAAAAAAGAAAAGAAAAAAAAAAAUCAAAAAGCCGCAUGUCCUGUGACCAAGCAUGAACUCUAUGUGGUUUCUCAUUCCUAAUUUAAUUGUGUGCCCCCCCAUGUUAGAGUAUAAAAUAACUACAUUGGUGUUUCUUUUUUUUUUUUUUUUACAAUGAUUUGAAAAUAAGCCAGUUUUUCUGCACUGGGCAGAGCACAGCUACCUCAAAUAUGAUAAAAAGAUAUUUUUUUGCUCAUCUCUAGAUGCUUUUCCUAAACGGUCUUGCUAAAGCGUAACAUCUGAGGUGUGCCCCUAUUUGCUUGUGCAGAAAACAGAACAAAAUUUUCCUUCCCUCUUAACAUUUUUUAAGGAUAUAUUUUGUUUGUUAUGGAUUUUUGACAUUCUCAUUAACUUUAUUUGUGUUUUUUGCUUUGGAGACAGAACGCAGUGGGGAUGAUGUGUGUUAAUUACCAUCUCCAUGGUGUUUGAUUCAAAGGACGGUAAUAUUCUAAAUCUUUAGAAAAGAAAAUACUAAUACAGCAAAUACUCCAAAUGAACUUGGAUUGCAAAUAAGAACCCAAAAUGUUUGUUUUUUUAAAGAAAAAUACACUCAUAAACCCUUUGAAUCGACGUGUUUUCUGUCUUUAUUUAAUACGAUUGAAGCCAGUGGUUAUCAACAUUCUUCAUAUCCAGUGUUUUUUUUGUAUGUGCAUAUAAUACUUGAAUACAACUCAUUUCAAACGUAUGAAUGCUUGCAGUUUCCUUGGCACAACACGACGAGCAGGUGAAGUCGGCGACACAAAACCGAGCUCGUGUAUAUUUGACUCUUACAGGCUUCAAUAUUUUAGAGGUCUUAGUUUGUGCUGGGCUCGCCAUAUUUUGUGGUAGUGUAUACAUGUUAGAUCAGAGCCCAUACA